CCAAGAGGCACAGUCCCCGGGCUCUACAGCUUGCUCAGAUCCAGCGUGGUGAGUGGCCUGGGCAGCCCUGGGCCCCCAUCCCCGGCCCCUGCCGUGGCACACAGGGUAAGUGAGAGGGACAGUUCCUGCAUGCCAGUGGCCAGGCCCCCUGCGGGCAGGGACUCACCGGCAGGAUGGAGAACCGCAUGAAGAGGCAGGUGAGCUCCAGGGCAACCAGCACAUAGGUGAGGACGAUGACCCGGAGACGGCCCGGGGUGCCUGUCCCCCUGGAGUACUGGCCCCGGGCCCCAGGGGCUCCAGCUCCCAGCAUCCUAGCAGGUGCAGCAGAAGAGCCUGGCCGGAUCCGAGCAGGAAGCCGGCACAGCGGGCAGGGGGCAAAAGUCCUGUUGUGCUGGGCAAGGGUGCUGAGUCACGGGGCGGGAGGAGGGCAGUGCCCGGCCUGGCCUUGCGUCGAGGAGAGUGCCUGUGGGAGAGGCCAGUGCUGCAGGACCCCCGGCCGGGCUUCCAGCCAACUACUGUGCAAGGUUAGGCCACUCUUGCCCUCGGAGAACAUGGCAGGUGGCCCUCCGCCUGCACCACUGACAACUCUGAGUGUAGGGGCGCAUGGCUCCCUGGGAACCUGCAACAGAGGCCCUGCUGGCUUGUGGGGGCCAGGCUCUGUGCCCCACGUGCCUUACACAGGAAGGCACCAGCACCCCAUUUAAUGAGGGGAGCCCCGUUUUAGAGGCCCAGAUGGUUGCUGGCUGCAGUUCAGACCAGUGGAUCAAUCCCUCAUGUCACUCAGCUGCCACUUCACCCCUUGGCCGGGGCCAGCAGAGACCCGUGGAAUGCAGAACCUCUGUCCAUUGGAAACUCAAUAGAGAAUCCAUCCAGAAAGAAGCAGGAAGAACUUUCAGGAAACCAGAAGUCACAAACUCACAAACCCCUUCCUACUCUGGAGAACUCUGUGGCUGUCACCCGGCCACUUUCCCCUGCCUGGAUGGCACUUUUAAGAUGCCUGGCUGUUUGGUGUCUGCUGGGGGCCACCACACCGACAUCGGCUUCCCUUCCACACUCUGGACACCCUGGCACCCGGCUGGGCGAGAUUCUAGGGGACCUGGUGCCUCCUGCCCCAAGGCCCCUGGGCCCCUGCUCCAUUCCAGGGUUGGCUGGCUCUUGCACACAUCUCGAGUGAACUGAAGAAGAGUGAGUGAUAGCCCCAGCAUCCACUCUGCCCCUGGCCCCCACGGGACUCAGCACAAGUCACAGCCCUGAAAACCCUCCCCAGAGCCUGUUCCAUCAGGCAGCUGGCCCCUCUGCACCCAGCAGCCCCAAACCUGCCCUGGCUUAUUCACCUGUUUCUGACUCCACCCACCAGCCUGGAAGCCCCUGGAGGGGAGGCCCCCCCCUGAGGUCCCAGGGAAACACUCCUAGCCUAGAACCUGAUUGGACAUUCGAGGAGGAGGGCCUGCUCAAGGUCACACUGCCAACAGGGGCCUGCCAGGCUACCAUAGCUAAUGUCCAACCCAAAGGCAGUCACUUGCUUCACUAUUUUCCAUAAAUCAGAAUUCAGAGCAUCCGGGGCAGGGGGCUCCUCAGGGAGGCUCCAACUGUAAAACCCCAGCAGCCCGUGUGCAUUCCAGGUCUUGACAAGGGGCUUGUGCUCUCAAGAUUGUAUCUCCGUCUGUGAACCGGACAGGACCAAUCUCUGCCGUCUGGGAGGAUUAAUGAGAUAACUGGCAUAUAAGGUGCAUGCACGGGGCUGCCCAGCACAGAGAGGGUGCCACCAGCAGCAGCUGGGUGCUGACCAGCAUCCAGCUGGGGCUGGCUCAGGACCCUGUUGAGCACUAGGCAUGCACACAGCUGGGUGGGAUGGGUCUGAGUGUUCAGUGGAGCCAGGCCACCAGAGUCAUGAUGAAUGACCUGCAUCCCAUGGGCCUCUGGGCUCUGGAGGGGACGGUGGCACUGUCCAGCUGCCUAGUGUGUAAAGACCAUUCUGCUCUGCCUGACAAGUUAUUAGGGAACUGCCUGUGACUGGGUGGGGGGCAUGUGUGCCCGUGUUGGGGUCUGCAUCUCCCCACCAGCCCAUGUCCCUGCGCUCAGAGCAAAAGUCCAGUUUAAAUUACAGUGGCAGCUGGAGGUGCCACUGGUGUUGGGGCUGUGAUUGCCUGCCGCUCUAGGACAAGGAGGGUGCUGACCACUGUGCCAGGCUCAUGUGGACAUGGCCCCCGAGCCCCAUCAGGAGCCUUACAGGUGAGAAAACAGAGGUACAGAGAGGUUAAGCGACUGGUCCAGGGUCACACAGCCAGUAAGAGGCAGUUGCUCUGACUCUAAAGCACAAAGGCUUGUGCUUGGCCAGGCAGUGCCCCCUCCCUUGUUCCCUGCCCCAGCCCCCUCACCACGAGAAUGCUGCGAGCAUGGAGUGGCCAGAGGUGGAAAAGCCAUGUGGCCGCCAGCAGGAAUCCAGGCCUACCCACACUCUGGGGGUGGCUGUGGGCUAGGGCCAUCCCCUCUGUCCCUCUAGCAAAGGGGCACCCAGCAUCAUGGAGGUACCUCUUGCAACCAUCCUUCCCGACCCCUCUUGGCCUCUCCUUAGUCACGCCCCAUACCCCAGGGUCCCAGAGCCCUCUGACCUUGUCUUUCCAGGACCCACCUCUGCUCUGGCCCGGGGCCACUAUGAUUUCCUGCCCGCCUGACUUCCCCGAUUCCCCACCCCCCUUCCAACCUCUGCUCACGGCACCUGAUGCCACCAUUAAAUCUCAGGACCCUGGACCCCAAGCUAGAAGCCUCCUGUGCUCCUCGAUGCCUUUGAAAUGUCACCAGCUCCCAGGCUGGAGUCCCAGGCCCGCACGCCUGGCCACUGAAGCCAGCCCUGGCCAUUUGGCUCAUUCUGGGGUUACUUGGGACCAGCCAUGCUGGGCUUGGCCACCUCUCUGCCUGGGACCCCUGCCCUUCCCAGAUUCCCCUCUUCAUCCCAGUCCUCAGGUGGGCUCUGAUGGGGGCUCCUGCCGUACUCCUGCUUCCCACCAUCCUAGAUCAGGCUUUGUACCUGGCCGUGGGCAGCCGGGAGGCAGACCCAGGCCCUCCCUCCUGGCCAUGGGGUUCCCUUCAGGUUCAUCUGUGGAGGGAAGCUGGGGGACUCUGGGGCACACACUUCUCAUCAGGCCUGCUUUCCUCUCUGCUGCUCCCCCAGCAGGGGCCAGGCUCCAUGCCCAGAGCUGGACUUCGGGUGACCGCUUCGGUGGGCACCAUUGUGAGAAGCAGCUGGAGCCGGGUUAUUCUUGUGACCGAUGGACGGUGCUAUGCUUGAGUGUCGGCCGGCGGCCGUCUGGGCCCAAAGGCAAGGGCAGGCCUAACGAGGAGGCCCAGGCAGCCUCAGGGCUCUCCACCGCCCGGGGCCUUGGCCAGCAGCACUGAUGGAGGGACAGCAGG